CCCUCUGCUUCCUUCCCCUGCAAGUCUUCAGCUCGCCCAGCUCCAGGCUCAGCUUACGCUGCACAGGCUAAAAUUGGCCCAGACAGCAGUGACCAACAACCCAGCAGCUGCCACUGUUCUCAAUCAGGUCCUCUCCAAAGUGGCUAUGUCUCAGCCACUCUUUAACCAGUUACGACAUCCUUCCAUGAUUAAUGCUCCUCAGGGGCACACCGCAGGACCUCCACAAGGGCCUGGGAUCGCUAAUGCCAGGUUUCCAUCCAGUGGACUGGCUUUUCCAGCGCAGAGCCCAGCGCUAGCAGCGCCAGGAGGGAGCCUGGGGCCGAUUGGGAGCGUCCCGGCCCAAACCUCGAACGCUAUCGUCAUGAAUCCCUUCGGAGGUGUGAUGGCUCCCGCUUCCAGCCAGCAGGCUGUGGUCGUGGGUCUGAACAAGGCUGGCCAUUCUUCCACGGCAGGCGGGUUUUAUGAGUACAGCAAGCCAAACGUCCCUGCCUCUCCGGUGUACACUGCGGACACGGAUCAAUCCAGCCAGCACGGCUUCCUGGCUGGCGGGCCGCAUCCUGUCACCUCCUCCGCAGGGGUCCACUAUGAGGGUCAUUUUGGCCCUUCGAGCCAGCCCAAGCAUGAUGGCCAGCCCGGUUUCCAGAAAGACGUCUACGGGGCAAGCGCAAAAGGCCAGCAUGCGGCAGCGCUGGCUUUCCCCAGCGAUCUGCACACGAAUUCUCCUCAGAAGGGAGAUCCAGGCCCAGUCUUACAUGGCACAGGUACAAACAACCAGUGGGAAAAUAUCCCUAAUUUCACCAGCCAAAACAAGCCUGACCUCAUGCCCAGUGACAGCAUGUGGCCAUCAACAAGUCAGCAGUAUGAAAUAAGAAACGAGCUCUACAACCCUGAAGAACCGACACCUGACACGAAGUUUAGUGCUGUCGCUCCCCCCACUUUUAACAGGCUCAACAAUAGUAAACAGAGUUUUAGCAGCUCUCGAAUGAGGCAGAAUGAGGAACUGAGCACAAACCCACCCGAUUUGCCCAUGCGAGCGCUCCAGCCUCACGAACUGAACGACUUUCACGGCAUAGCCCCGCUUCACUUCCCACAUGUCUGCGCAAUAUGCGAGAAAAAAACCUUUGAUCUGAAGGACUGGGAUCAGCACACUAAGGGAAGUCUUCACAUCCAGAAAUGUGUGGCUUUUUCAGAGAACGCUGGUAUCCGCUGUGUAUUAAGUUCAGCAGAUGGAACAUUGCAUUUAUCUCCAAAUAACGCAUCAGUUUUCAACACAUCUAGUAUCGAAGAUUAUCCACCAAAUGUCGGCUCAUCUUUUAUCACCACAUCAGCAAGAUCCUUUGGCCAGCCAGGUCCUACGUUUUCUUCUCUUCCAUCAGGGGUAAGAUUUCCCCAGAGGAAAUCUACACUGGGUCGAGUGGUUCACAUCUGCAACCUCCCCGAGGGAAGCUGCACAGAGAACGAUGUCAUUAAUCUGGGACUUCCAUUUGGGAAAGUCACCAACUAUAUCCUCAUGAAAUCUACUAACCAGGCCUUUCUGGAAAUGGCUUACAGUGAAGCAGCACAAGCCAUGGUGCAGUACUACAAAGAAAAACCUGCUAUGAUAAAUGAUGACAAGUUACUUAUCAGGAUGUCUAAAAGAUACAAGGAAUUGCAGCUGAAGAAACCAGGUAAGAACGUGGCUGCUAUCAUCCAGGACAUCCAUUCGCAGAGGGAGAGGGACCUGCUCCGGGAAGCAGACAGGUAUGGCACAGAGAGGCCCCGCUCUCGCAGCCCCAUAAGCCGCUCCCUGUCGCCCAGAUCCCACACUCCCAGCUUCACCUCCUGCAGUUCACCCCACAGCCCACUGGGAACCAGCAGGACAGACUGGGGAAACGGCAGAGAGUCGUGGGAUCAGUCCCCAUAUUCGAGAAGGGAAGAGGAAAGAGACAGCAGAGAAUGGCGAGAGAAUGGGGACGAGAAGAGGGACAGGACCGACACGUGGGUACAUGAGAGGAAACAUUAUUCCCGACAGCUGGACAAGUUUGAUUUGGAUGAACGGAUUGAAGGAGGCAGAGGGUACAGAGAAAAAUACUUAAGGAGUGGUUCCCCUGGCUCCCUUCACCCUUUAUCUGGCUACAAGAGCAGGGAAGAUGACUAUUACAGAAAAACGUCUAAGUCAAAAUCUGACAAGUUUCAAAGGCAGCUGCAGGAGUUAUCUGGGAGAUCUAAGAGAAAGGAAGAGGCAAAGUUAAGGGAGCGGAGACAUUCUUACAGUGAGGACGCUGCGAGGGAGGAGGCGGCUGAACAGAAGCACAGCAAAGCAUCUGAGGGAUCCAGACAAAAACUAAGUGAUAAGAAUAAAGUUAAGAAAGCUGACAGAGACCAAGAGGACGAUGCUGCUGCGGAGGGCAAUGAUGUGAAGGAAAGCAAACCUUCUGAGAAUGAGCUUGGAAAAAAGGAGCAAGUUCCAGAGAAGAGCUCACCUUCAGCUGAUAAACAAGGACAAGAAUCUGGAGAGAUUCUGGAAAACACGAGAAAAGAGAAGGAAAGAGACUGGGAGAGUGGAAGUGAGAUCGAAGGUGAGACCUGGUAUCCUGCUAACAUGGAGGAAUUAGUGACAGUAGAUGAAGUGGGAGAAGAUGAUCUAAUUAUGGAGCCUGAUAUAACUGAGCUUGAAGAAAUAGUGCCCGUUGAUCAAAAAAAUAAAACCGUCUCAGAAAUGUGUCCCUGUAUGUCAAAUGUGUUAGAACUGAAAAAUGAUCAUAGCCACUUAACCAGGAGUGAAGAUAAAUUUGCCCAUAAAGCUUUAGAAACAAACUUCAGAUCAGCAAAGGGCAGUGUAGCUUCUUCUGGUGGCUGUCAGGAUGAUGAGGAUGAUGAUAAUGAUGAUGCGGUUACUGAAGCAUCAAGCCUAAAUCUGGACCCUGAGCAGAAGCCAGAGGAAUCACAAGAAGACCAACCUGUUAAGGAGUCUGAUCACCAGCCGAAGGAAGGAAAAAUUGAUAAAAGCUCUGACAUUCAUUUAGAGCCUGAAGAUCGCCACAUACCUUCUGUUCAGCUGAAAGAAGAGACUCUCCAGCUCCCUGAUACAUUUAUAGAUGAUUACAAACAGAUGGGAUCACAAGGAGCUGAGAGUAGAGAAGUCAUGGAAAUGCUUGUUAAAAACUCUGAUGAAGAAACGAGACAUGGAAGCCAAGAGUGUUCAGAGGCCAAGGCAAAUUCUAGGUACCUGGAAAUGAGAUCUCUUGAAUACCCGGAGGUAGACUCUAAGCGAAUCCAUUCUCCGCCAGGCUGGGAACAAGAGGACGUGUUCACAGAGCUCAGCAUUCCCCUAGGUGUGGAAUUUGUGGUGCCUAGAACUGGGUUUUACUGUAAGCUCUGUGGACUCUUCUACACAAGUGAAGAGACAGCGAAGACAAGUCACUGCAGAAGUACUGUUCACUACAAAAAUCUUCAGAAGUAUCUAUCCCAACUUGCAGAAGAGAGCCUGAAAAUGACUGAAGAAGGCAGCAGUCUGCGCCAGGAUGAUGCUGGAAUUGUUCCUCACUUUGAGAAGAAAAAACUAUGAUGUGGAUGAACUGGAAGAGCUAUAAUGAGUGAAUGCUGAUACUUCUUUUUUUAUUUCUAUAACUGUCAAUUUGCACUGUACAGAGGAGGGGAAAUA